UUCUGUCACAGAAACUGGCAGAAAGCCGCGUGAAUGCGUAGAGCAGACGAGAAGGGGGAGUCAUUUGACUUUUUAUUUUUUCUUUUCGCAUUAAAGAACCGUAAAAUUGAAUUUGUUUUGUCAUCCUUAUGGUUCUGUACUGAAGAAAAUCCCUGAGACUAUUUACACCGGUCAAGGGUUCGAAUCCCGGACUCGCAGCACAAAUCUUUUCUAGAUACGUAGCUGACUAAUUAACAAGCAGGGUCGAUUGAUUGACGAGCAAACUAAUCGGAUUAAAUGGAAGCCGCAGCCGCAUUUCAAUCGACAGAUACGCUAAUGUCUGAUGCUCAUCCCCCUCCUGCAAGCAAUCCGAUGGAUAAUAUCCUCGCGGUGCCCAGCCAUGGCGGCCGUUUUAUGCAGUAUAAUAUUUUCGGCAACAUUUUUGAAGUGACUGCCAAGUACAGACCCCCUCUCCUGCCCAUCGGGAAAGGAGCUUAUGGGAUUGUCUGCUCUGCGAUGAAUUCGGAGACAAAUGAGCAUGUUGCCAUCAAGAAGAUUUCUAAUGCCUUUGACAAUCGCAUUGAUGCAAAGCGGACUCUUCGAGAAAUCAAGUUGUGUCGACAUAUGGAUCAUGAAAAUGUAAUUGCUAUAAGAGAUAUAAUACCUCCUCCACAGAGAGAAUCUUUUGAUGAUGUAUACAUUGCAUAUGAACUGAUGGAUACUGAUCUCCAUCAAAUUAUCCGUUCCAAUCAAGCUUUGUCAGAGGAGCAUUGUCAGUACUUCCUGUAUCAGAUUUUGCGAGGAUUAAAAUACAUCCAUUCUGCAAAUGUACUUCAUAGGGAUUUGAAGCCCAGCAAUCUUCUUCUGAAUGCAAACUGUGAUCUGAAGAUAUGCGAUUUUGGUCUUGCUCGCAUUACCUCUGAAACUGAUUUUAUGACAGAAUAUGUUGUUACAAGAUGGUAUAGAGCACCAGAAUUGCUUCUAAAUUCAUCCGAUUACACUGCAGCAAUUGAUGUGUGGUCUGUAGGUUGUAUUUUUAUGGAAUUAAUGAAUAGGACACCAUUAUUUCCAGGAAGGGAUCAUGUGCAUCAGCUACGUUUGUUAACAGAGUUGAUUGGUACACCAACAGAGGCUGAUCUUGGAUUUGUUCGGAGUGAUAAUGCUAGGAGAUUUAUUCGGCAAAUGCAUCAAUAUCCAAGGCAGUCAUUUGCUGAAAAAUUUCCACAUAUACAUCCUUCAGCAAUUGAUCUUUGCGAAAAAAUGCUGACAUUUGAUCCAACUCAGAGGAUCACAGUGGAAGAUGCCCUCGCUCAUCCAUACCUGGCAACUUUGCAUGAUGUGAGUGAUGAGCCAGCCUGUUCUAUGCCAUUCAGCUUUGAAUCUGAGUAUAAUAACCUCACAGAGGAACAGAUGAAAGAACUGAUAUAUAGAGAGGCUCUGGCAUUUAAUCCAGAGUAUGCACAAUAAAAGUCACCUUCAUUUCCAGCAGUGCUAUACAACAUUGGCAAGCCUAAUACUGGGCAGUUUCUUGUUUGUGGUAAUUGUAUUUUCAUUAUUUAUUGAGUUUUGAAAGUAAUGUAAAUAUGUAUAUUAAAACCAUGUUAGAGCCUGGAGAAGGGAUAAGGAAGUAUGUUAUAUUUGAUUUAAAAAAUCUGCAUAUAUACACCAUAAAUAUACCAUCUCUUUUAUGUGGUGUAUCAUGGAUAUAUGGGUCAUGUACCUAAACAUCAUGUCUCAAAACUGCAGUUUUCCUUAUUCAUCCUUCCCAUCAAACUCCAAGAGGUUGUAUGAGCAUUUUUGCUAAUUAUGGGUGAAAAAUUCUAUUAAGUUGACAAGGAGAUGAUGGUAGUUUAUUUGUUUGUUUGAGGUAGAUGCCAAAACAAAAGCUUGGUUGUUUGGCACUAAUGUACUGGUGUUAGCCUGCAUUUAUAUGCUGUAUUUCAUAACUUUUUCAUAUCACAGUCAACCAAAAUUUGGUACUGUUUGAGUUCCAUUAUUGGCUAACUAAUUUACAGCUGACAAAUUUAUAUUAUUUUAAGCUAAAUUUUUAUA